AUGAUCUAUCAUAGUGACUCUCUCAAACAUCUGAGGCAGACCAAAGAAUAUCCAGGUAGAAAUAUAGAGAGAAAACUGACAAAGUAUUCAAUAUUUCUUCAUUUUUUCUACCUUUCUUCUUUCUUCAUCCUUGCUUUCUUUUUUCUCCAUCUUCAUCCUCGCUUUCUUUUUUCUCCAUCUUCAUCCUCGCUUUCUUUUUUCUCCAUCUUCAUCCUCGCUUUCUUUUUUCUUCAUCUUCAUCCUCACUUUCUUUUUUCUUCAUUUUCAUACUCGCUUUCUUUUUUCUUCAUCUUCAUCCUUGCUUUCUUUUCUACAUUUUCUUCCUUACUUUGUUUUUCUAUAUUUUCUUUUCUCUUUUCAUUUUCUUCAUUUUUUCUUGCUUUCUUUUUCUUCACCUUCUUCCUUACCAUCUUUUUCUUCAUUUGCUUUUCUGUUUUCAUUUUCUUUCUUUCUUUGUUUAAUUUUUUCAUCUUCUUCCUCAGUUACGUUUUUCAUUUUUCUUUUCUUCAUUUACAUCCUUGUUUGUUUUUUUUCCCCUUUAUUUUGUCCCUGGCUUUCCUUUUUCUUCUUCUUUACUUUCUUUUUCUCCCUUCUUUUUAUUGCUUUAUUUUCUUUAUUUUUCUUUUUUGGUUCCUAACUUACUUGACUUUUUCUCCCUUUUCUUUUCUUUUUACCUCUUUUUAUCUUCAUUUUUUUCUACUCAUUUCUCUAUCUCUUUUUUGUAUGUCUUCUGUCAAUUUUCCCUUCAUAUAUUUUUGCAUUUUUUUUUUUUUCUGUUAUUUUUUUCUUUUUGAUCUCUACUUUUUAUUUCAACUUUCUUUUUUUAUCUCCUCUUUCUUUUUUAUUUCCUUUUUUCUUCCCUCCUUCUCACCUUCUUUCUUUAUUUCUUCUCUUUUAACUCUAUUUCUUUUUUCUUUUCCAUCUCUCCAUCAGUUCUAUUACUUUUUAUUUUUUCAGAUGAUUUUUAUUUAUCACUUUCUUCUAUUUCUUUCUCUCUCUCUCUCUUCUUCUUCUUUCUUUUUCAUCUGCUUUUCUUUUAUGGAUCUCAUGUCUUUUGUAUCUUUUUAUUCCUUAAUCACUUUUUUUCUUUUACAUUUUCUUUGUUUCUUCUUUCUUCAUUUUGUUCUGUCAUCUCCUUCUGCCCAUAACUGGUCUGUAUUGACAAUUUCUUCUUUUUCUUUUUCCUUUUCUUGA